AGUCGUGGUGUUUGUCUAUGUGAAAGUGAGCAACAACUGUCCAAAUGGCUCAACAGGGAAUUCUGCUGGACCAGGACCAGUUCUCUUGUUCUGUCUGUCUGGAUCUACUGAAGGAGCCAGUCACUAUUCCCUGUGGACACAGUUACUGUAGGAGCUGUAUUGAGGGCUGCUGGGAUCAGGAUGAUCUGAAGGGGAUCUACAGCUGUCCUCAGUGCAAACAGACCUUCACUCCAAGGCCUGCUCAUAAAAAUACCAUAUUGACUGAAGUGGUGGAGAAACUGAAGAAGACAGGACUUCAGGCUGAUCCCCCUGAUCUGUGCUAUGCUGGACCUGGAGAUGUGGCUAUGCUGGACCUGGAGCCUCACUAUAGUGUCCCUGCACUAAAGAAGCACAAGCUGGUCAAAGCCUCCACACAGCUACAGGAGAACAUCUGCUCUCAUCAUGACGAACUGCUGAAGAUUUACUGUCGUACCGAUCAGAAUUGUAUCUGUUAUCUGUGUAUGGUGGAUGAUCAUAAAGGCCAUGAUACAGUGUCAGCUGCAGCGGAGAGGACCGAGAAACAGAGUCAGCUGGGGAUGAGUCAGCAGAAGCUCCAGCAGAGAAUCCAGGAGAGAGAGAAGGAGCUGAAGGAGCUCCAACAGGCUGUGGAGUCUCUCAAGCACUCUGCACAGGCAGCAGUGGAGGACAGUGAUAGGAUCUUUACUGAGCUGAUCCACUCCAUUGAGAGAAGGUGCUCUGAGGUGAAUGAGCUGAUCAGAGACCAGGAGAAGGCUCAAGUGAGUCAAGCUGAUGGACUCCUGGAGCAGCUGGAGCAGGAGAUAGCUGAGCUGAGGAGGAGAAACGCUGAGCUGGAGCAGCUCUCACACACAGAGGAUCACAUCCAUUUCCUCCAGAGUUAUCAGUCCAUCUCCAGUCCCAGUGUCUCUUCAGACUUACCCAGCAUCGUUAUCCAUCCUCAGUACUUUGUAGAUGUCAAUAAGACUGUUUCUGAUGUCAGAGAGAGACUAGAAGGCAUCCUUAAAGGAGAAUGGACCAAGAUCUCCACCACAGUAAAUUCAGUGGAUAUCUUACUGUCUCCAGAGCCCAAGAACAGAGAACACUUCUUACAAUAUUCCUGUCAGCUCACACUGGACCCAAACACAGCACAGAAAUCCCUCUCUCUGUCUGAGGGAAACAGAAAGGUGACAGUUGUUAAGGCUGUUAACGAUCCGAAUCCUGACCAUCCAGACAGAUUCACUGAUUGGUGGCAGGUCCUUUGUAGAGAGGGUCUGUCUGGACGCUGUUACUGGGAGGUGGAGGGUCAUCAAGGGACUGUUUUUACAGCAGUCUCAUAUAAAGACAUAAGUAGAAUACGGAUGGUUAAUGAUUCCAGAUUCGGAUACAAUGACAAGUCUUGGGGUUUAGAGUGCUCUAGUAAUGGUUAUCGUUUCAGACACAAUAAUAUUGAGACUAAAGUAUCAGGCCCUCAGUCCUCCAGAGUAGGAGUGUACCUGGAUCACAAGGCAGGUACUCUGUCCUUCUACAGCAUCUCUGACACAAUGACCCUCCUCCACACAGUCAAAACCACGUUCACUAAACCCCUCUAUCCUGGGAUAUGGGUUGGGUACAAAAAUGAUUCUGCUGUGCUGUGUAAACUGUAGAGUUCCCCAUAUUAGAAUGACGGUUAAUGCUCUUAUAGUUUGGUAUGUACAAUUUAUUUUGAUUGAUUGAAUCUUUAAUUUAGUCUAGGUUUAAAUCACAUCCAUAUUGAUGUAUUCUCACUUUGAUGAAGUCUAAACUAAACAACGACUGCUGUAUUGUCUUUUUUAAGAAAGAUUAUUUGUUAAUUUCAAUAAAUUGUAUUAUUAUUUACCUGUUGAUCCUUGAAUGUGAAUCUGUUUAGUUUCCUCAAAUCUAUCCAGGCCUAUGUACUGUAUAUACUCUGAUGCUGCAGAUUUACUGCUCAAUCAACCGUCCAGCAGAUGGUGAUAUACUGUAACAAACAAUACAAUAUUAAACAUGUCUUGAUUUACCUCUUGACACUCAGAAAACCACCAACA